UGUGUGUGUGUGUGUGUGUGUUGCUUAAAACACUCUCCGAUUUGGCUAACUCUCUAUCGGUGCCAUGGCUGGAUUGGGUUUAUUUAUGAACUCUGUCAUUAGACCUGUAGCUUGUUAAUACAGAAACCUGACUGAGAUGUUUUGGCUCUGAUGGUGAAGUAAAUGGCAGCUUCGCAUGUUACAGAGAAACAGAAAGGUCCUGAAGACUCUCCCAUGGGAGAAGAACGCAGGAGGAAAGGCUGGGAAAGACAGUGGCAAAGCCAAGGCUAAGGCGGUGUCCCGGUCUCAGAGAGCUGGUCUUCAGUUUCCUGUAGGUCGUAUCCACAGACACUUAAAAACACGAACUACGAGCCAUGGACGUGUCGGUGCCACCGCCGCAGUGUAUAGUGCUGCCAUCUUGGAGUACCUCACUGCUGAGGUGCUGGAGUUAGCUGGUAAUGCCUCAAAGGACUUGAAGGUGAAACGCAUCACUCCCAGGCAUUUACAGCUUGCCAUUCGUGGCGAUGAAGAGCUGGAUUCGCUUAUCAAAGCAACAAUUGCUGGUGGAGGUGUGAUUCCUCACAUUCACAAGUCUCUGAUUGGAAAGAAGGGCCAACAGAAACCUGCAUAGAAAGUCUGCAUAGUUUUGUCAGUCAGUAUUUUCAGGGCAUUUGUUUUAUGUUUUAUCUUUUUGUCUGGCUAUUUUGUACACAACGAAUUAACAGUGUUAACAAAGGCAUGUGUGCAUUCUUAAUGUAUUUCUGCAACACUUGCAUCAGUUUUAUACAUAAAGACUUUUCUUAAA